AUGGGAGAUGCCCUACCAACUGUGGAUGUCGAACAGUCCGCUUUCGUCGUGGCCGGGGGCCACCACACUUGUGCAAUCCUCAUCGACUUCACUGUGAAGUGUUGGGGUUUGAACUCCUACGGACAGCUGGGUUUAGGUGACACCACCAGCCGUGGUGGCGCAGCAGGCGAUAUGGGAGCCAACCUUCCCCCUGUUGACGUUGGCAGUGGCAGCUUGGUGGUCGAAGUCGCUGCUGGCAUGUACCACACCUGUGCGCGAUUGGCGGAUAACAAGACCAAGUGCUGGGGGCGCAAUGAUCACGGCCAGCUGGGUCUGGGUGACACCGCUGGAAGAGGUGCCAGCCCGGGUGAGAUGGGCUCUGAGUUGCCGCCGGUCGACGUUGGGACGGGUAGGACGGUGCAAGGACUUGCCGUGGGAGGCUUGCACACCUGUGCGUUGUUGGACGACUUUUCUGUUAAGUGCUGGGGCUCUGCCUCAGAUGGCCAAUUGGGAUAUGAGAGUACCGCAGGCCGAGGCCAUCAGGCAGAACAGAUGGGAGACUACCUGCCCGUCGUGGAUGUUGGGGCUGGCCGCAGCGUGCUGCACGUCACGGCAGGUGAGAGCCACACGUGCGUCGUGUUAGACGAUGGCACGGGCAAGUGCUGGGGCAAAAACUCGCUUGGCGUGCUUGGAUUGGGUGACAGUCUGACCCGUGGCGAUGCAUCUGGUUCGAUGGGUGACAAUCUGCCCGCACUGGAUUUGGGAACUGGCCGGUUGCUGCUUUGGCUGCAGGCAGGCUACCUUCACAACUGCGCGCUUCUGGACAACUUCGCUUGGAAAUGUUGGGGCUACAAUACCUACGGCCAACUGGGAUUGGGAGACUCCGAAACCAGAGGCUUCAUGUCGGGCCAGAUGGGUGAUAGCCUGCCAAGCCCUGAUCUGGGGGGACACUUAGCGAUGGUCAUAUGCCCGGGCCGAUACCACUCGUGCGCAGGAUUGGAGAAUUCCACGGUGAAGUGUUGGGGUUAUAAUUGGGAUGGCCAGUUAGGCCUAGGUGACACCGUCGACCGUGGAAGAUACAGCAAUGAGAUGGGCGGCAACUUGCCUGCCGUUGUUCUUGAUGGAAUUGUCACUUCCACAAGCAGUACAACUUCAACCUUCUCCACAAGUACAGCUUCCUCGACACCCACCAGCUCAACUGUCACCAUCACUACCAGCCGCACACAAAGCACCACAAGUAGCAGCUCAUCUGUCACAGGCACCGCGACGACCACGUCUACAACAAGCAGUUGGAGCAGCAGCAGAACCAGCACCCGUUCGAGCAGCACGUUUACCAGAAGCAGCACGAGCUUCAGCACCAGUACCCAAAGCAGUGCCACCAGCACCAUCACAAGCGACGUCACCACCUCAAUGACUUCCACAGCAACGAGCACUACGUCCCGAACCGCAUCCACGCAGGACCCGGCUGCCGGAGAUGCCGCUUGCGACGUCCACUUCAAAGCUUGCUACUCCAUCCCGUAUGGCACGGAUGGUCGUCCCAAUCUGCUCCUGGCGGGGACGCGCGCCUGCGUUCCCGAGAACACGUCGUGCCCUUGUGAUGAGGACUUCGAAUACCAAUGCGUCCACGCCCGUGCCGUCUUUUGCAAGGCAAAAGUCUCUGGCCCCUGUCCUUUGUCGUGUGCGACUGACGAGAUUCUAUGCCGGUCUCCGAGCUUUUCGGACGGUGUCGGGGCCAAUGACACGAUGCUGAGCUGCCAUGCGCGGGACGCAGGCUGCCCGUGCCAUCCCACUUGGGAGCAGCGAUGCAGCUUCCAGGACCAGCACUUCUGUGUCCCGAAGACUCAGCCCUGUCCACUGGACUGCGGCGUCCAUGCCCGGUGCCAGCAUGCAUCUGGCAACGUCAGCUGCGCCCAGGCCCUCGGCUGCAGGUGCGAAGACAACGAGCACGAGUGCUGGAAUCAGGAGACGAACUCGACUGAGUGCUUUGCGAAGGAGUGGUAUGACGGCUGUCCGCCGUCCGCCUCCUGCCCCGAGGGCCUGGAGCUCUGCCCCCUGGUGUCUUUCCAGGAGGGAAGACCGCACCGAUCGGAGAUUUGCGCGGCCACGGUGGGCGGCGCCUGCCCGGUCCUCUGCGAGAACGCUUCAGCGCAGAAGUGCAUGGGCGCGGGCAACCAGGAGUUUUGCAUCGACCUCCUGGACAGCUGCCCGAAGACCUGCGCGGAAGGUGAGCAGCUUUGCUCGGUGGAGAACAUGGAUGCGCAGGGCCGCGUGCUCGUGACCUCCAUGCUUUGCGUCCCUUCCUCGGAUCCAUGCCCCUGUGGCCAGAACGCCUGGAGUUGCGGCCAGUUCUGCGCUCCUGUCUCUGAUGGCUGCCCUGGCACCUGCGAGGCUGGCAAGGUCUGUCUUCCCGUGUCCUACACCGUGGAAGGCAUGUACAGGCCCAACUCAUCUGCGGUUGCGGGCUGCAUCGGCUCAUCCCAGUCCUGCCAGUGUGGAGAGAACGCGCAGCUCUGCAUGUGGGCUGACAGCAUGGGGCAGGAGCACGAGGAGUGCCGCGCGACCGCAGCGGCCUGUCCGGUGACCUGCGCGGGCGCGCUGUGCAAUCUGGCAGACUACAGGGUCAAUGGAGCUGUAAAAGGCUCGCGAGAGCUCUGCCUGUCUGAUGGCAGCGACUGCCCCUGCGGUGAGAAUGCGCUGCAGUGCCGCUUCGAGCAGGAGACAUACUGCCUUCCGCGCUGGGACGCGGAGUCACAGAGUCUUUCCCUCUGCCCGCUGGUGUGCGAGGAGGACGAGCAGAGGUGCUACGUCCCCAGCUUUGACGCCCAAGGGGAGUUUCUCCGCACCGAGGAGAUGUGCGUGCCCAAAGAUCGCCCCUGCGGUUGUGGAGCGGGGGCCUUUGAAUGCAACUACACCGACGAAAGUGCCAGCUGGUCCGAGUGCCUGCCGUUGGUUGGAGGAUAUUGCCCGAGCUCCUCCUGUGCAGCCGGGGCGUGUCCCGCGGUGGUGGACUACCUGCCCAAUGGCGAAGAAUACGGUCUCUCACCGCCGCCCCGGGCCUGCGCUACGGAUUCCGGCUGCCUCUGUGGCCGCGAGGCCAAGUGGUGCGCCUCCCUCGGCUGUAUUUUCAAGGACAGCCCUUGUCCACUGCGGUGUGCGAGCUCAGAGAAGCUCUGCACACUCACGGACUACACAAGCAGCGGCACCAUUGCAGGCUACCGCGAUGUGUGCAUCGACGGGAACCAGCGGUGCCCAUGCGGGCAAAACACGCGGCAAUGCCCGAGCUCCGACCUUUGCGUCCUUCGGUCGCUGGUGGAUCAGGUGUGUCCUUGCGCUGCCUGGGAGAAGGCGUGCGAGGUCACCGACUACGACCUUCAAGGUGCCCCGGAGUCCACGAGCAUCCUCUGCACCAGCCCUAGUGCCAUGUGCCCCUGCGGGCGGAAUUCGCUGGUCUGCCCGCAUCCCAAGGACCCCAACCGGACGGUUUGCACUUCCAAGUUCAGCGGAGCCGUCGCCAAUCAGUGCCCCGCGCCCUGCUCCCUGGAGCAGGAGCUCCAGGGCAGCGAGACUUGCGUUCAGCUGCUAGGUGACCUCUUAGUGGUGAAGCCAUAG